CGAACAGCGUCAGUUCCACACAAACACGCCGCCCGAACGCAGGCGAAAGAUGUGAACGGCGAAAACUCGAUCAAUACUUGAUCGCCGAGCCGCGUCGCGUUGUUCUACUACCCCUGACAACGCCAAUCACGCGCAUUACAACAUCACUACGACAAAAUAAGGGCGUGUAAAUAAAUAGUUGCUUAUAGCACGGCAUACAACUCAUCAGCAUUCAAAUUUGUUUGUUUACAAAAUUAUGUGCGUCAAUUAAACGUAAAUUCCGGAGCUUUUAGAUUCGCGUUGCCUUAAAUUUUGCGUGCGUGCGUAAAAAUAAAAACAAAAGCGAAAGAAACAAAGAAGAGAAAAAAGAAAAAUUGCGCUUUAGUUCUAACUGCAACGCACAUAAUAUCGAUUGUGUUUCGUUUUCCGUGUCGUGUCUCGCUGUGUUUGAGUUAUAUUGUGCAUGUGUGUGGCGGUCGAGUGCAUACGAAUUUCGAAUCGAUUUCCUAUUUUUCCACCGCCGCUACGGUUUUACGCAUCAGCGUAAUAAAGAGUAAUAACUCUAAAUGAGCGUCGUUGCAGCGCGCGCCGACGACUUGGAACAACCACGUAAUAAGCUCCAAUUUAGUAAAAUUGAGGCACGUUCCGCCGAUGCGGCAAAACCGAACCGAACGGAAUAUUGGAUUUGUCAUCCGGUCAUCCAUUUUAUUCGCGGUGCAGUCGCUGAUUAGUGUCGGCGGCGCGCAGAUUACAUAAAAAUCCCGCACCCGUCGCGUUGAAAAUUGUAACUUACGUCAACUAUUUUUGUAUAACUUUAAAAAUAGCCGAAACAAAUCGAAACAGGAAGAGACACGAAUUUACUACGCGUUUGAGGAGACAAAGAGAAGUAAAAAAUAAUUAAUCAACGCUGAUUAUUAAAGAUAUUAAAGUAUUCAACAGUUGUUGUGAAACGUCGAUACUCAUAAAAGCUUGUGAUAUUUAUAUUUUUAACGCUAAAUUUGCUACCACUACGAUUUGCUACGAUUUAUGCAUUUAUUGACGGGCUCGUAAUCAAAUUACACUUAAAUUACGCUAUUUUAAUAAGUACUAUACUUGAUACGCAUUAAAUAAAAGCAAAAGUUUGCUCGAGUAGCGUGCGGCGUGCUCAAAACUUAAUAUUUUGGAAGGAAAGCAAAGGAAAUAAGAUAAUAAAAUAUUCGCUAUGUCGAAAACAAUAAACGCAUACAGAAUCAAGAAGAUUGAGAGUUUUGGCAAGAUGACGGCAAUGAAUCAGGAGGAGAUAGUCCAGGCUGUGCGCACAGUUGCGCAAGGUCUGGAAGCCUUGCGCUCCGAACAUGCGGGUAUCCUGCAUGGCCUCCAUGAGGCCCCGGAUCCCAUCGCCAACGAGCGUGCUGGACUUGUCCAGCAAAGCGCUGAAAUGAUUGAACUUGGUUUAGGCGAAGCGCAGGUCAUCAUGGCGCUCGCCUCUCACCUGCAAAUGGUAGAGGCCGAGAAGCAGAAACUGCGCACGCAGGUACGCCGCCUGUGCCAGGAGAACGCGUGGUUACGCGAUGAGCUCGCUUCAACACAGCAGCGCCUCCAGGCCAGCGAACAAGCUGUCGCCCAAUUGGAGGAAGAAAAGCGUCACUUGGAGUUUAUGGCGUCUGUCAGUCGAUACGAUCAGGACGCGAGCGAGGACAACCAGUCUGAGCAGUCGCGCACAGAGAAGAACGAUCCCGUCGUUGACUUGUUCCCUGAUGACGAUAAUGAAGAACGCAAUAAUAUGUCUCCAACACCGCCAAGUCAACUCGCACAACAAGUGAAUGCCGGAUAUGAGAUUCCAGCACGUUUGCGUACGCUGCACAAUUUGGUGAUACAGUACGCGUCGCAGGGACGUUAUGAGGUGGCUGUACCAUUGUGUAAACAAGCACUGGAAGACUUGGAGAAGACGAGCGGACAUGAUCAUCCCGAUGUGGCGACCAUGUUGAAUAUUCUCGCGUUGGUUUAUCGUGAUCAGAAUAAAUAUAAAGAAGCCGCUAAUCUACUGAAUGACGCUCUGGCAAUCAGGGAAAAAACUCUCGGUGAGAAUCAUCCGGCUGUCGCAGCGACGCUUAACAAUCUGGCUGUGUUGUACGGUAAACGCGGAAAGUACAAGGAGGCUGAACCGCUGUGUAAACGCGCGCUGGAGAUCAGAGAAAAGGUUUUAGGACGCGAACAUCCCGAUGUCGCCAAACAAUUGAACAAUUUAGCUUUGUUAUGCCAAAAUCAGGGAAAAUACGAAGAAGUUGAGAGAUAUUAUCAACGCGCGCUUGAAAUCUACGAACAGCGACUGGGCCCUGACGAUGCAAACGUGGCGAAGACGAAAAAUAACCUCGCCUCAUGCUACCUCAAGCAGAGCAAGUACCGCGAGGCGGAGGUGCUGUACAAGCAGAUCCUCAACCGGGCGCACGAGCGUGAAUUCGGCACAAUUGACGGCGACAACAAGCCCAUCUGGCAGGUGGCGGAGGAGCGCGAGGAGAAUAAGGCGCGAAAUCGGGAGAACGCACCCUACGGCGAGUAUGGUGGCUGGCACAAGGCCGCCAAGGUGGACUCGCCCACCGUCACCACUACACUGAAGAAUCUGGGGGCGUUGUACCGACGCCAGGGCAAGUACGAAGCAGCGGAGACCUUGGAAGAUUGCGCUCUACGUUCACGAAAAGAGCAUGUGCAACAAGCGCUAGAUAUAGUGAAACAAUCCAGGAUGGCGGCAUUUAUUGGCUCCGGCAGGAAACCAAGCUCAGCGAAGGAGCGGACAUCGCGACGAGGAUCACGAGAAUCUCUAGACAUGUCUUUUGAUACCGACGAGAGCAAUACGUCCCGAUCGCUGGACGGCGAAAAGACGGCGGGCCUCAAAACGAAACUGUUUGUUGCGCUCGGAAUCCACUCACCUACGCCCAACAAACCCAGCUCUUAAGCGUUCACAAUCUCUAGUUUCCGAUACUACCAAACACACACGACAUUUAUACACUCUCACAGAGAUGGAUACAACACCAAAACCACCCUGACAAAGUAUUAGAAAGAUCUGACCCCAUUCUUUCGUGAUUUGAAUAUUUCUUUACAUAUUUAAUAAUUAAUCAAAAUGAUGAAGCGAGUAGAGUCAAGAUUUUAAACAAACAACGCGCACUUUUAUCCGUUUUGUUGAGUUGUCUAUUUAUUAUGUUUAUAUUUUACAUAUUAGUUUGCUUCAGCUCUACUCGCCUUUUAGCAAUGUUUCGUUUUUGUGAUCAUUAUCUUAUUACUUAUAUUUGAUUAUUAUUUUACUUAAGUUGUGCAUUGCGUCGGUGUAGGUUUCUUAUUUCUUUUUUUUGUGACAACAAAAGAACCUAAACGCUAUCGCAUUACAAAAGUACAUUGAACACAUUGCUCACACAACACAAACAUAUGUAGAAAACGAAAUGAUCGUAACUGCUUUCGUUUGACGAACAAAUUUUUAAACGUUAUUUUGUGCUUACAUUCCAUUUCAAAACUAGAGACACAAAACCAACGUCAAAUUGCAUCGAAUUGCUUGAGUCUCUUUUAAAACUCGAAAACGUUUCCAGAAAAUAGCAAUUAUAUAAACAUCUAAGGAUAAACUGAAGAAAAACUAAAAACUAACUACACUUCCGUCAACAUUAGUGCAAUUACAAACGCGUAAUGUUAGUGCUUCCUAAUUUUUUGUAAAUUGCAAGUGAGAAAAAAUUUAAAUAACUCGCAUUAUUCAAUUAUAAACUAUUUAUAUAACAAUAACUGCAACGAUUAUAUCUCUUCCAUAAGCGAGUGAUAAAUUGUUGGUGUUUCAAUCAUGUUACUACUUAAUCCUAACCAAGUUAUUAGCGAUGACAGAAAGUUUUACGACGUGUUUUUAACAUAACUUAAGAUUUAACAUAAAUUGUUCCUCCUGAAUGAUUCGGGAGGCCAACUUUAAGCAUGCACCAACUCUUUUACAGUCAAUAAUAAUAUAUUUUACAUUAUCCUACACCACUUACACUACACACCCACAUAUUUGUUAUUUAAAUAUUAUUUAUAUCUCUAUAGAUAAAAAUGAAAAAGAAAUAAAAAUGCUAUUGUUUACUAUAAA